AUUUCGUUGAACGUGCUUGCUGGUAGGUCGCGGCACUACCUCGCAUUGAACAUUAGUGAUAAUUAUUUCCAAAGGUCCAAAAGUUCAGCAGAAGAUGUUUUACCCGAUUAUAGUCAUAAAUGAAUAGUCGUUAUAAAAAGCAUUUAGUGGAGCCAUUAACUAUUUAAAAUAAAAAUAAUGGCUGUAAAUGAUCUAUGAGACUGUAAUAUCUUUGCUGUGUUUACCAACAUUCCGAAUGGAUGACUAAAAACAUUAAAAAAAUAGUGCAUUAAAGACAAUAAUAAUAAUAAUUAAUCGUACGAUUAAGUUAAUUUUUUUUAGAAAGCUUAACACAGAUUUGCGUAUGUAUGUAUGGAUGCUCGCGUAGAACAAUUAUUCGGUAAUGUUAAUUUAAAUAAGAAAAGUUAAUAACUGGUUCAACAAAAAACUUAAAAAGUUAAAGAACAAAAAUACGUAUAAUUAAAAUGUCUACACCGAAUAUAAACUUUGGAUUGCUCUCCGCCAUCGAAGUUUCUUAUAGUACAAACCGUGAUCAAGCCGCAAGGAAAACUAAUACCGAAGACAAUAUCUGCGAUUUGAACAGCAGAAGAAACAUCACUAAUAUAAGUUCGAAGGAAUAUAUGUCGGGUGAUAAACACGGACCCAUAAAGCUCGAAAAGGAGAUUUCAGAGUCGAAGAUGCGUAAAAUUGCAACAACAGAAACCAACUCGACAACACUAAAAACUACAACACCAGAAAUUGUUUAUAAAUACGAUACUAAUAAAACGAAUUAUUCGGACAACAUAUCAAUGAACAGGCGGCUUUCGAAGACAGAGUCUUAUGAAAACGAGUUUGCGGAAACUGUCAACGCAACUCUUUCGAAAGCUGGAUAUGUUACGGCAAGUAAGACAAGUAGAACUCAUCAGACUCCUCCUUAUGAAAGCGGACCUUUGGAGAAAGCAAGCAGACUGCUUCAACAUGAAUACCCAAAGCAAAUCAAAUCGAUAAACAUAAGUUUUGAAAAUAUUUGCUAUGGUGUUAAGACCGGUUUAUUCAAAAGAGAAGAUAAGCAGGUCCUCAAUGGUGUUACGGGAGAAUUUCGUUCCGGUGAACUCAGUGCAGUCGUAGGACCGUCUGGAGCCGGCAAGAGCACACUGCUCAAUAUUCUCUCAUCAUAUACGGUUUACGGGUUUUCGGGGAAUAUAAGGAUCAACGGUAAUCCGCGUGACGUGAAAACAUUCAAACCAAAUGUAGCCUUUAUCACGCAGGAUACCACACUGCAACCUUUUCUCACUGUCAAGGAGGCAAUGAAUUUCGCUGCUAACCUCAAAAUCGGUGCUCAAAUGAACGCGAUAGAAAAACGUGAGCGGGUGUUGAACAUUCUGAAGUCCAUGGGUUUGCUUGAGUCGCUCAACACGAGGACUGGUGACUUAUCGGGUGGCCAAAAGAAACGAUUGGCGAUUUCACUAGAAAUAGUGAAUAACCCACCAAUUUUAAUAUUAGAUGAGCCAACCAGUGGGCUGGACAGCUCUACAUCCAAUCAGUGCAUUUCUCUAUUAAAAACUCUGGCGAUGGAAGGUCGCACGAUCAUAUGCAUAAUUCACCAGCCCAGCGCCAUAGUAUUUCGAAUGAUCGACCAUUUGUUCGCGAUCGCAGAGGGCUCCUGCAUAUAUGCAGGCAGAACAGACAAUUUGGUUCCCUUCCUAGCUGAAAAUGGUUUACACUGUCCACAAUCGUACAAUCCUUGCGACUUUCUUAUGGAAAUAAGUACAAACGAUUAUGGUCCAAAUAAUAAACUACUUAUUGAGAAAAUGCAAAACGGUCGUAAUACUGGGUAUCGACUGGUCAAACGUUCCUUUUCAACCUCAAAUGCAGCGUCAACACCAGUUGAAGAAUUGCCAUCACGUGUUUCUAACACGAGCACAUAUACCAAAGAGAAACAGCAUCAAUGCUGUAGUGAUAGUCGAUUUUCUAAACCGAGGAAAUCGAGAAUUUCAAUUGAUACCGGACAUAUUUGUAAAAGUGAUAAUAUUUAUGCUACACCAUUUUUCCGUCAAUUAGCAAUUUUGCUAACCCGUACUUAUCUACUGCUUUGGCGUGAUAAUUCGCUUACAACACUGCGAUUCAGUAUUCAUUUCGGAGUAGCACUACUCAUCGGCUUCCUCUACUAUGAUAUUGGAAAUGAUGCCGCGAAUGCAAUGAAUAUUUUCCGUUAUGCCUUCUAUACAAUAAUGUUCAUUAUGUUCUGUGCCUUCUCGUCGAUCCUAACGAAAUUUCCCCUAGAAUUUCCCAUAGUUUCACGGGAACAUUUUAAUCGUUGGUAUUCACUUCGCGCGUAUUAUAUUGCGAUUACUUUAGCCGAUAUCCCAAUACAGCUUAUAUGUACGAGUCUCUUCAUAUUUCCUACGUAUUAUCUGACUGGACAGCCUAUGGAGCUAAUGCGAUUCGCUUUAUACUUCACGAUCGUUUUUCUUACAGCUCUGGUCGGACAAAGCAUUGGACUCAGUGUAGGCUCAGCUCUGAGUGUUCAUUAUGGCGCCAUCUUUGGACCAUGUUUUAUUUGUCCUUUCCUGGCGUUUUCUGGAUUCUUCCUUCAAAGAAAAGACUCUCCAUUCUAUUUAAAAUGGAUGUUCGAUAUUUCAUUUCUCAAGUAUGCCUUGGAUGGAUCGAUGUUGUCGCUUUUCGGUUACGGUCGGGCAAAAAUGGAGUGUAAGGAAUUUUACUGCCAUCACUCCCAUCCAGUGUUCUUCCUUAAGAACAUGGAUUUGGCCAAUGCAAAUUAUAAACUGGCUGCCAUAUUUUUGUUAUCGCUAUUUAUUGUACUAAGAAUUCUCGCAUUUUAUAUCAUGUCUUUCAGGUUGAGAUUAUUCAGAUGAAAUAUGCUGUAAUAUAUGUAUUUUAGGCAAGCAUUUUGUAUUAUAUAAUUAAUAUACAACCUUGUAUACUAAUAAAUUUUUAAUGAAAUGGAGGAUAGCUCAAAAUAAACCCUUAGACACAUUACAAUCAUUAUACCAGAGCAAUACAUACAUGAUGUACAUAUAUAUAAAGCAAAAUAAUAAGAAUAAUUAAUCAGAAACCGAUUUACAGUUUCAUGGUUGACCUCAAAGUGAAUGAAAUGUUUAUAUACUAAAUACACAUAUUUGAAAUCUUUAAAUUUUAAAUUUUCUCACGAGCAUUAGAAGUAACCCUUUUGUAUAAAAUUGUGAAGUGCUCUCAACGCGAUUCCAUCGAUAAUCACAUUAAAAGUAAGAGGGAAGUUUUAGGAAUUUCUUCAAACAGCAAAUUAAAUAUCAGUUAAAUAACAGACUCUGACUUUUACAAUGAAGUGGAAUUACCUUUUCUUGGGAGAACCACAGCAGUCAAGGUUAUGUUUUUGUAAUAGUUUAAUUUUUGUAAUAGAAGAUUGUUUAACGUUUAGAACAUUCCUCACUUUUCAAAUUCUAUUUUUAUACACUAAAGUAUUUAAAACCGCAAUGAAAUAAAGGUAUUUUUUAUUUAAAAACUGUCUUUAACUAAUUUAAGCGCUGUUAUUUAAUAAAUGCUAUUACAAUUAAA